CAUUUUCAGGAUGAAUGUCAUGCUUUUGGUUUCAGACAUUUGCAUUGUCAUUUCAUAAAGCAACACACUAAAAUCCAUGCACACGGAAGUGAAACAUAUUUGGUUACUGGAAAACUUACAUUAUCUGUAUUUAAAUCAUGUCAGAUAUCCACUAAUGAAAGUUACUUUAUUAUUUGCAUCUUCAAAUUGUUUCUACUAUUAUUAAAUGUUUGUAAAUAUUUGUGUACUGUUAUCUAAGCAAAAAUGACUUGAUAUACUGGAUCUACUAAAUAGAACCAGAUACUAAAAUUUUCAGUUAAAAUGCCAAAUAAACAUGAUUUGCAUGUUUUCAACUGAACUUUAUGCUAAUGUCUAGCGCCCCUGAGCUACGGCUCAUAACCAAACAGUUUCAUAUGUGGACGCAUCAAACUCUCUCAACUCCUGGACUGUGGACUUUACUUCAAGAAUGUUAUAAGAAAAUGAUUAAAAAUGUAUUAGCUCUGUCUGAAGAAAACUAAAUUAAACAUUUUUAUCUCUAACAAGCAGUUGUUUCUGGGAAUUAUGUCUUGUCAAAAGCAGAAUCUGCUGUGGCUGAUGAUCGUCUCUUGCGCUCUGUGCCAGAUAACCCGCUUAAACAAACUGAAAAUCAGCAUUAGUUUGACAGAUCGAUGUUUCCAGGAGCCAAGUAACUUAACAGUUCCAGAUUUAGCACUGAUAUGUCAGACAUUUGAUGACAUAAAUAAUUUUCACAUAAUGAAUGUCAAACUGAACAUCUCUUCUCAAGGACAAUGCAAAACGUACAGUUUCAAACUAACAGUUCAAGGGCAGAAAAAAGAAAUCAGAAUGAAAGAGAUGGUCACAGACAUAAACAGGACAUUUUUGCUAAAAACUAAAAAGUGUGAGCAAUUAACCCGGAAUUCAGACCCGACCUGCAAGAAUCUGUGGGGAAGUGGAAAGGGUAGAACUUGUUUGGAAAUUCCUCUUGUUGAUCCUAGAAAGAAAUGUAGAGGGACUACAUAUGAUGAUGAUAUCUGCAAAGAGAGCAAAGGAAACAGUUACGUUCUGCGUUUCAUUAAUAGUAAAUGGAUGUGUGUGACCUGCCACACCAAUGUCACUCUGAAACCACAUGAGGUUAUUUACAAUAUGUCUGUUCAAGAUGAUGGAGAUGUUGAUCUCUCAGAAGCAUCAGAGUACAUGAACAAAAUGGAAUCUAAGAUGGAAGAGAUGACAAAAUACAAUAUAAGCAAAGCAGGGAUCAUCAUGGGGGAUGCUAUUGGUGUUCUUCAUCUACAAGCCAAAAAUACAAAAACCAAAGACAUAUGCUACUCUUCAGAUGAGGACAUUAUAAACAAUGAAUUUCAGAGUGAAAAAUUCACUGUUUUGAACAAUGAGGUUUAUGGAAUAACGAUGAGGGCGAAUAUCACCAACCUUACUGACAAUAUUGAAAUGAUCUUUACAAAAAACCAUCAGGUCGGUGAGCCUUCCUGCGUUUCUUGGGAUGGAAAAGGAGACCUUAAUUGGACGACGUACGGCUGUGAAACAGAAAUCAACGACAACACCAUAAAGUGCUCCUGCUCACAUCUGACGUUCUUUGCAGUGCUGAUGAUCCCUCAGACAGAUGCAAAUGAAACACUGCCACAUCUGGAAUCACUGACUCUCAUCACUUCUAUCGGCUGCGGCAUCUCCAUGUUUUUUCUGUCUAUCGCUUUAUUCAUGCAUUUCCUGCUGCGGAAAGCCAAAUCAAAUCAGGCCACGAAGAUCUUGAUGAACAUGUUUGUGUCUUUGUGUCUACUGAAUGCUGCGUUUUUGUCAAACGAGAGCGUCGCUAACACACAAGACAACACUGCGUGCGUCUUCAUAGCGCUGGUCCUGCAUUACUCCAUGCUGGCCUCAUUCACCUGGUUCUUCAUUCAAGCUCUUCAUAUGUACUUAUGGCUCAUCAGACAGAACGUCACCAUCACAAACUACGUGAGGAAGAUCACCGUGUUGGGCUGGGUGUUUCCCACUCCAAUAGUCAUAGCUAUUGCUUCUGUAGGAGAAUAUAAAACACUGAUCCUAAAAACAUCAUCUGAAAAAAUUUCACGAAUGUGCUGGAUUACAAAUCCUUACAUUCACUACAUAGUGAACAUCGGCUACUACGCUUUAGUUUUCAUCUUCACGACAGGAAUCUUCAUCAUCAUCGUCACUAAGGUCGUUCAGGCCAGAAUCAUAAGAGCGACUGACGGCAAGAGAAAGACGUUCAGAAAGCAGCUGAUGAUGGUGUUGAGUUUGUUCCUGCUCUUCGGUCUGACGUGGUCUGUGAUGUUCUUCAGUUAUGGAGCGAUGAUCAUUCCCUCAUAUUACAUAUUCACUGUGCUCAACUCGUUUCAGGGGUUUUUCCUCUUCCUGUAUUACUACCACAUUCACAAUGGCGUUGCGGGUCAUUUCUCAGAUGAUCCAGAAAACACCGACUCCAACACAAUCAUCUCUCAAUCCAGCAUUAAUGCUGUGUAUGAAAAUAUUCAUAACUAGCAUAAUUAGGACAUUAGGCUUUUUUUGUCAAGACUUUCUCUUAGACUAAAAUAGAAUUAUGACCCUAAAAGGGUCAGUUUUACUGAAAUCACUCAAAACAAAAGACAAAUAUCUGUUGAUUGUUACUAAAAAUUUGUAGAAGGAUUGAAUUGUGCUUUCAAAUCUCUGAUAUGAUCUGAUAUUCUGCUGUUCGAUUUAAGCAUUUUAAUCAUCAUGUGUGUGUCAGAGUGACUCAAACAACACUGAAACUUAUUUAGAAAAAAAAAUUUACAUCUUCAGGAUGACAGUAAUAUCCGCAUGCCUGUGGAUUCAGACAUCUGCAUGCUCAUUUGAUACAGCAGGUUAAUAAUAUUCACGAACACGGAUAUGAAACAUAUUUGGUUACUGGAAACACAACUAACAAAAAAAAAACAACAACAACAACAACAACAACAAAAAACACGCAUAGUCAGAAUCAGUAAAUCACUCAUUGUUUUAUGUUUCUUAUAAUUUUCUGUUACAUUUCAAAAUAUUUCUCGUAUGAUUUUAAAGGAGCUAAUAAAAUGUAAUUUUAUUAAUCAUGAUGGACUGACUCCAAAAUCAUUUAUUUACUUUAGUGACACUUAUAAAUAUGUGAAUGUCAAUCAUUAGGUCACGAAAUAUCAAAUGUCACUUACACAGAAAGAUUCACAAACACACAAAGAAAGUGUCAAAACAUGACAUUUUCUGUAUCUAAAUCGUGUCAGAAAUCCAUUAGUUACUUUUUCUUUAGCAUCUUCAAAUUGUUUCUACUAUUAUUAAAUAUUUAUUUUCUAUAUUUAUAUUGUUAUCUGUGAGCAAAGAUGACUUAAUAAACUGGACCUGGAUUAGUGUUAUACAAUAUACCAGUACUAAAAGCUUUCACGAUACUCUGCUUUUAAAAUGGUAUACGAUUCCUCAAUAAACUUAAAGCUUGAAAAAGAACUUAGUACAGCACACGCAGACUAUCACAUGAAUUCAGAUCUCUUUCACUACUUAUUGCUCAUUAACAGUCAAAUACACACACAAUCAUGUUAAAUCAUGUUAAAAUCACUGUCUUAUGACUUAAGUGAACGUAAACAUUUGAGAAAGAAAACCCAUAAUUGGAUCCGUGCAGCUCUUAAAGUGACAGCAGGCUAAUAUUCCUGCUGUUGUCUGUAUCUCUAAUGUUAACCAAAACACAAAAGAUAAAGAGAAAAAUCACUCACUUUAGUUUUAAUAAUGAUUGAUGCAUAUUUAAUUCAUACAGUAAAGGCUAUGCAGUGCUUUAUUUUUACAUUUUGAUUAUUCAGUUUCUGCAGGCUAC